CAAUAACAGUGAAAGGAAAGAAAGGAAAGGCUUUCUAACUUCACGCCGCUAUAUUUAGCAGAAAGAUCCCAAGUAGCGAUCGAGCGACAACUGAGCACAAGCGGGUGACAGUUCAGCAGCCGGCAUCUAAAUCCUCUAUAAUCACGGCUAGAGGAGCAGAAUUAUAUAUUUUACUUUGUGGGAUGCACAGCUGAACGUGGGGAGAAAAAUGGCUCCAAAAAACACCACUCAGCUGCUGAAGAACCUCCGUGUGUUGAUGAAAAACACAACAUAUGUUCCCCAGGCUCUACAUGCUUACAUUGUACCUUCAGGAGAUGCUCAUCAGAGUGAAUACAUAGCACCAUGUGAUCAACGGAGAGCAUUUAUUACUGGAUUCACAGGGUCAGCUGGCACAGCCAUUAUCACAGAUUCUGAAGCAGCUUUGUGGACUGAUGGCAGAUAUUACCUCCAAGCAAGGCAGGAAAUGGAUGAAAAUUGGACUUUGAUGAAACAAGGACUCCCCAACACCCCAACUGAAGCCAAGUGGCUCAGCAAAACCCUGCACGUGGGCUCCACUGUGGGCGUGGACCCUUACCUCCUAGAGGCUGAAUGGUGGCGUGACCUUGCCAGGGAGCUGAAAGGUGCAGGCCAUGUUGUCAUACCUGUCCCUGAGAAUCUUGUCGACCUGGUUUGGAAUGACCGGCCUGCACGCCCCGCCAAGCCCAUUGUACCUCUUGAGGUUAAGUACACUGGGAGGAGUCUAUCAGAGAAAGUGGAGGAGCUUAGAGAAAAGUUGGAGGAGGAAAAUGCAUCUAUGAUGAUAAUAACUGCCUUAGAUGAAGUUGCUUAUCUGUAUAAUCUGAGAGGUUCUGACAUUGAGUACAAUCCAGUGUUCUUCUCCUAUGGUGUUGUAACACAGAAAGAGGCCUUUUUAUUUGUUAAUGUAUCUCAGCUGACUACAGCUGCAAAGGAAGCUCUCCAGGCUGAGGAAGUGAAAGUCACGAUCAAGCCAUAUGAUGAGCUUGCUAUAUUUAUUAGUGAACAGCUCCCAGUGCAGAGUGGCAAGGUUUGGGUGUCCAAUCAUACUUCUUAUGCUGUAACUCAAAUGGUGCCUAAGGAAAAGAGGUUGACAAAAUUAUCGCCAGUAGCAAUAAUGAAAGCUAUCAAGAAUGAAACUGAGAUCAAAGGAAUGGAGGAGUGUCAUAUUCGUGAUGCAGCUGCACUGUGCCUUUAUUUCUCUUGGCUUGAAAAGGAGGCAGCAAAAGGAACUCAGACUGAAAUAUCUGCAGCUGACCAGCUUCAAAAAUUUAGAGAAGAACAGGAGAACUUAGUUGGUCUCAGUUUCUCUACUAUCUCAUCAGUUGGACCCAAUGCUGCAGUAAUCCACUAUUCUCCAUCCCCUGAAACUGACAGGAAGAUUACUACUGAUGAGGUUUAUCUCUGCGAUUCUGGGGGACAGUAUAAGGAUGGAACAACAGACGUUACAAGAACGCUCCAUUUCGGCACACCUGACCAGUUUUUGCAGGAGUGUUUCACUCGUGUCCUGAAAGGGCAAAUUGCCAUGGCAUCCUGCAUCUUCCCAACUAAAAUCAAGGGUAACUGUCUAGAUACCCUGGCCCGCAAGGCCCUUUGGGAUGUUGGCCUAGACUAUGGGCAUGGAACAGGGCAUGGGAUUGGGAUGUACCUGAAUGUGCACGAGGGGCCAAUGGGUGUGUCAUGGCGGUCAUACCCGGAUGACCCAGGCUUACAAGAAGGCAUGUUCCUCUCUGAUGAACCUGGCUACUAUGAGGAUGGAAAAUUUGGCAUUCGUAUUGAAAACAUUGUUCGCAUUGUGAAAGCUGAAACUCCGCACAACCAUCGUGAUCGUGGGUUCCUCACCUUUAAGACAGUCACUCUUGCCCCAAUUCAGACAAAGCUGGUGGAUCCAACCAUGCUAACAAGACAAGAGGUGAAUAACAUAACAAUAAGUGCCUAUCCCAUCAAAUGUCGGGACAAGGUUGGAAAACUUUUGCUGGAGCAAGGACACAGGGAGGCUUAUGAUUGGCUUGUAAGGGAAACUCAGCCUAUUGGCUAGUAAAAAUGAAAUGAAGAAUCAGUGAUUUCAGAUUCCUAUGUUUUUACUAUGGAAAUAUAGUGAGAUUUAAAAACUGGCACCUAAAGUAAAAAGGGGCCCAAAGGGGGU